AUGUGUUUUGAUUUGUGUGUCUCUCCGUUGGACGGCGAAGAGAGCGCCGCCUCGAGUGCGGCGACGGGUGGGGCCGGCGGUCGGGCCAGUGUUGGCGCCUCGCCCUCCGCCACGACCGGCGCCUCCCCCUCCGUGAGGGACCGGUUCUGUUGGGUGUGUCAUAAAGACAAGAGCAAUAUUGUCUGCAAACAGUGUCCCCGCAGUUAUCAUAUGAAGUGCAUCGCCGCCAACGGCAACACCUCUUCACUCAAUAAUACAAAUAGUGAUAACAAAACCAAAUCCAAUAACAAGGCUUUGUAUGAGUCGUGGGUUUGCAUCGAAUGCAAAGACAUUCUCAACGAAGAGCACAACUUGCGAAUAGUGACCGCCGAGGAAGCCGUCGACUCCGCGCCGGACUCCGCGCCGAAGUCACAGUUGGCGCAGAUGUCGGCCGAAGAGAUGUCACAGUUGUUGGCGUUCGCGGUUCACACGAUCCGCCAGACGGCCGACCCGUCGUUUCACAAACCGGUGCAACCGAUAGUGUUUCCCGAUUACCACCAAUUAGUUCACUGUCCUAUGGAUCUGUCGACCAUCGAGAAGAACGUGAAGGCGCACCGGUAUAGGUCUCAGACGGGCUUCUUGGCCGACAUCAAGUGGAUUGUCCACAAUUGCAUCAUUUAUAACCACAACAAUCAUCCGUUGACCACAAACGCCAAGUACUUGUCGCGGGUGGCGAAGAACGAGAUGGCGGAGAUGGAGAUCUGUCCGGACUGUUUCAAGAACUUCUACACCGUUACGGACACGUCGUUCGCCGAGCCCUGUCGUCGACCGCAUCAACUGGUGUUCGCGCGCGUCAAGGGUUACCCGCUAUGGCCGGCGAAGAUCGUACGGCUCGGCGGCAAACCCAAUGAAGUCGACUGUCGCUUCUUCGGCACUCAUGACCGAGCGUUCGUGACGGCGGACUUGUGUUGGUUGGUGUCUGAAGUACAUCCCGGCGGCAAACCCAACAAAACCCAUAAGUCUAAGUUCGAGAGUGCAAUGCGGGAACUGGCCCUUCAUAUCGACCGCAUAAACGCCAAGUUUCCCACAAAAUUCAAAUACUCGCCACAGAAGACACAGUUGUCAACGAAAGAGAUCUACAUCUUCGACGACGACAAUGAAUAUUACAGUAAACUGAUUGCCAGUCAAUUGCAGACCACGACCGGUGAUAAAUCACCCAAUGGUUCGGAUAAUAGUGCGGACAUCAGUGCCAACAACAACGGCAGCGAUACUAACGAUAGAGUUGGCGACGACUGUCCCGCAAACACUUCCAAACUUGUGAUUCCCGGCGUUUUUAGUCUAUCGAGUGAUAAAGUGUUGGACGACUUGAAGUCCGAAAUCAAAAUAAGCAAUGAAUCGACAAAUUUGUUGAAUAAAAACAUAAAAGGAGGACAAAUAAAGGAGGAGUCGGGCGGCGGUAAGUCGUGCGCCGCCCGCACCGCACGUGUGGGCAAACGAAAUGUGGCCGAAGCUCUGCGGGCCAGCAAAAUACCGCGAACCACAUCCACGUCUUCUUCGUCGGCCGGCUCUUCGCCAUCGCAUCGAAUGCAAGCCAAUCAGUCAUCGCUAAUCAUCGCCAACAGCACACACUCGAUGGCGUCCAACGCCACGCCCGGCGGCGCCAAAUCCAAGGCAACCGCCGCCGCGACGACACCGACGGGCGGCUCACUAUCGCAACAGGCGGUGACUUCUUCUUCGUCGCCGACGUCGUCGUCGGGCAAUACUUUGGUCGAAGAGUUGGAAAAACUACGAAAGAAACAAACCUUCGAUAACGCUAUGCAUAGGCAACAGAUCAAAGAGAUUCAACACAAUCACGAUCUCGUGCUGUCGGAGAUGAGACAGAGUUGGGUCACAGAGCGGGACAGAGCCCUAGAAGACGAGCGCCAGAAGCAUGAGUUGCAGCUCAAACUGACGAGCGCUCAGUUUGAGAGCGAGAAGAAGAAGUUGAUGGCAGCCGUGGAUGAGACCAAACGGAAACAGUGGUGCGCAGAGUGUCUGAAAGAGGCGCAACUGUUCUGCUGUUACGACACCUGGUAUUGCACUUACGAUUGCCAGAAGAAUCACUGGAAGAGUCACGUGAAUGUCUGCCAACAAAUUCACAAAAAGUCUUAA